AUGGUUACUUCGCGCCGUCGCAACGGCAAACCAGCUUCCUGCGAGCCGUGUCGCCGAGACAAAGUCCGCUGCGACCAUGCGUUGCCAGUGUGUACCCGCUGUAGAGAUCGUGGUGUCUCUCAGCGAUGUUUCUAUCACCCAGCACCCCUUACACGGCCAAAGGGCCGUCGUAUUUUCCCGCUAGCAGAGGGUGUUCCCUUUGAUCGAGCACCGUCAACUCGAUGCCCAAUGGUUGAGUCCGAGUGUUUCUCCGCCCAAUGGAUCCCCCUUUCAUGCACGCGUAUCAGGCUCUCAUGGCUCUUACUCCCCAGGAACCCGCAUUCAAAUGAAGCAUCUUUCAAUUCCUAUGUAGCAAAUGGGCCACAGGAAGGCUUUUCCAGACCAGCCGCCCGCACCCAACCGCUUCUUCCAGGUUACUUCGGCCCAACGAGCUUCGUCUCUCCUCUGACUGAAGAUGUCAAUCUAUCUGAUCGUCAAAGUCUAAGUCUCAGUGUGGAGUCCCCACAGAGGGUACUGCCGCCUUACUGGGUUCAUAAGAUCUCCGAAGUUCUGUUGACUCUUGGCGAUUUUACCGCCGUAGAGGCUUUACUCCGCGAAUAUUAUGCCUUGAGCCAAAGCGCUGUGAUCGCAGCGCCUUUCAUCUUGAACAGCAUCGAACCGAUGAAGUUGAUGUGCAAAGACAGCAUAUCAAAUCAAAACUUGGAUGAUUUGGCGUCUUCUGUGACCGUGCGCAUUGUACAAAACACAUCGGAGAUCUUCGAGAUUCCACCGUCGACCAAAGGAAGGGAAUUCCAUACUCUUUUCACAGGCUCAUCAAUCCGCCUUGAGAUCGUCGGAAUACUAUGUGGCCUUGCAGGUCGAGCGCGGUAUCUCGGACUUGCCCGUGACAAGUUUACCGAUUGCAGUACUUCACGGUCCCAGUAUGCACGUAAAAUGCUUGCGGCAUGUGACGCCGCACUAUAUGUUUGCAAGAUCCUAACACCACUCAAUGACCUGACCAUUUGGUUGGUACACGAGAAUCUCCUAUUGUCCGAUUUAGUCAAUGGUGACUCGAGCCCCUCUUGUUGGAACCGACUAGGUGAGCUUUCAACUGAUAUCUUCGCCCUUGGUCUCCACCGAGACAUGAAGAACUCAAGCGAUAUACCGGAGUUCUUGCUUGAAACCCGUCGACGGCAGUUUGCCGCGGCUUACCAACUUGACAAAAGCAUCGCUACAUUCUUAGGAAGACCACCGCGCAUACCCUGGCGCUAUGCGGAUUGUCGCAUGCCUCUCGAUAUUAGUGACGAGGCAUUGGCUACUGAUAAUAUGGUCCUAGACUACUCCCACGAUUACAUCGAUGAGAAUGGCUGGAGUAUUCACGGAGUAGUCCAAAGAUCAUCAUGGAUGCGAGUCCGUUUCAUCGUGAGCACUUUCCGAGAUGAAAUUCUCGAAGUGUCUCUUCGGAAAUUGACACCUGAUAUUGAAGACAUGCUUGAGGGUAUUUCCCGACGCUGCCACCUAGCAUGGGAGGCACUACCUAACCAUCUGCGCUAUACACCACAAUGCUGGGAUGGAUCUCCCGCAGCUGUGUGCUUGAUGAUGAUAAUAUCCCAUCUUGCAUAUCUCUACAACGACUUUCUCAUCCAAAGACUGAUAGCUGGAAAGAACAACCCCAGAGGCAACACGGCAUUAUUGGCUGUGAGCGCAGAAAUUCUGUCAACAGUAUUGACAUUGGGCACGCAACGUGAACAAAUGGUCGACCUACGCCCUGAUUUUACAUGGACGAUCCUGCUCUAUGGGUUCCCGAGCGCUAGUCUACUCAUCAAAGCCCUUCAACACCAAAAGCGCACUGGCGAGCCAUUCCUCUACGAGUCGUCAAGAUCGGCACUUAUUCGGAACUUGAGUGUUUUCAUCUCACAUCUUGAAUCCAUUGCGCGUCCCGAUAACGCUAACUAUGCCCUGUUCCAACACGCUAGCAAGGUUUUCUCAAAGAUUAUCGAUGAAAUCUUAGAACCGCAGUCCAUACUCCCUGAUCCAAAUCUUGGCGAAUCUUCUCUGCUCAACUUUGAUUCUGUGAUUGAAGCUGACGGACUGGAUAUGUUCAAUAAUAUGGAUUUUGGGGUUGCUUUCAAUCAAUGGUUGUUUUAA